AUGACCUUCACUAUCCACUUCAAUUUUGGAGACCUUGAAGCAAUCCAACAUGGUGAACCUUUGGUUUCAUUUUUCCUUCUCCAUGUUCUCACUGCUUUACUGUCCCAUGAUCUGCCCAACUUUAUCUCACACCAAUUUCACUAUUUGGCACUUCAUGCUUUCAAAUAUUCUGUGAGACAUCCAUUCAAUCACUUGGCUAAUUGGUCCAACACUUCCUCCAUUUGUAAUUGGGCUGGGGUUACUUGUGAUGCUAAUACUGAGAGAGUAAGCAUAUUAAAUCUUGCUGACAUGAGUCUCACGGGCACCUUACAACCACAAGUGGGGAAUUUGUCCUCCCUUGUUGAACUUGACCUUCAUAGCAACAGCUUUCAUGGUGAGUUACCAAAGGGGUUGUUGCAGUUACAGAAGCUGAAAAUUCUCAACUUGAGCUCUAAUGAAUUUGACGGGAAAAUUCCAGCUUGGAUUGGAAGUUUAUUUUUUCUUCAAUGCCUGAUUUUUUGGAAUAAUAGUUUUAAGGGUGUUAUUCCUCCAAGUGUAUCAAAUUUGUCAAAGUUGGAGACGUUGGAUUGGAAUGAUAAUUUCAUCCAUGGAUCUAUUCCACUUGAGAUUGGAAGGCUUCAACAUUUAAAGAUUUUACACAUAGCAGGGAACUAUCUUUCAAGAAAAAUACCUCCAACUAUUUCAAGUUUAUCCUCACUUGAGCAGAUAUCUUCGUCACACAACUCCUUAACAGGAUAUAUUCCCAAUGAAAUUGCCAAUCUUACAAAUCUUAAAAUGAUAUACUUGACUCAUAAUCAACUUUUUGGCUACAUACCAAGAAGCAUUGGAAGCUUGACUUCACUUCAGGAAUUAGAUCUUGGUUACAAUAAUUUACGAGGAGAUAUUCCCAAUGAAAUUGCCAAUCUCAGAAAUCUUAAAGCUAUUUACUUGGAUGCUAAUAAUCUCUUUGGUUACAUACCAAGAAACAUUGGAAGCUCUAUUUCGCUUCAGGAAUUGGAUCUUGGUUCCCAUAAUUUACAAGAGCAACCAGCAGCUUUGGAUCUUAUAAUUGCUGUUGUUGGUUGGUGGGCUGUACUGCCAACCAGCAGCUUUGGUUGGCAGUAUGUACUGGCAUUUAUAUGA